AUGGCGGCGACCGGGGCUGCAGGGGUGUCGGCGGCCGCGUCGGAAAAGCAAGAGUUUUACCAGCUACUGAAGAACCUGAUCAAUCCAAGCUGCAUGGUGCGGCGGCAGGCGGAGGAGAUCUAUGAAAACAUCCCGGGCCUGUGUAAGACCACGUUCCUGAUAGAUGCCGUCAGAAACAGAAGAACAGGGUUUGAGGUGAGACAAAUGGCUGCCGCACUGCUCCGACGGCUUUUGUCCUCGGGGUUUGAGGAAGUCUAUCCCAACCUACCUCCUGAAGUCCAGAGGGACGUCAAGAUUGAGCUGAUACUGGCUGUUAAGUUAGAAACACAUGCUAGCAUGAGGAAAAAACUUUGCGAUAUUUUUGCGGUGCUGGCCAGGAAUUUGAUAGACGAGGACGGCACUAACCAUUGGCCCGAAGGUCUGAAGUUCCUAAUUGACUCCAUCUACUCUAAAAAUGUGGUUCUAUGGGAAGUUGCACUUCACGUUUUCUGGCACUUUCCUGGGGUUUUUGGGACUCAAGAGCGGCACGAUUUGGAUAUCAUCAAACGGUUAUUGGACCAGUGCAUUCAAGAUCAAGAGCAUCCAGCCAUCAGGACCUUAUCUGCUCGAGCUGCAGCUGCAUUUGUGCUUGCUAAUGAGAAUAACGUUGCUCUUUGUAAAGACUUUGCAGACUUGCUGCCAGGAAUCUUACAGGCUGUGAAUGACUCUUGUUACCAGGAUGAUGAUUCUGUCCUAGAAUCCCUUGUUGAGAUUGCAGACACAGUUCCUAAGUACUUGGGCCCUUACUUAGAAGAUACUCUGCAGCUGAGUCUAAAGUUAUGCGGUGACUCUAGGCUCAGUAAUCUGCAACGUCAGCUGGCUCUGGAAGUAAUCGUGACCCUGUCUGAAACGGCAACCCCCAUGCUGAAGAAGCAUACGAAUCUUAUUGCACAGGCUGUUCCUCAUAUACUAGCGAUGAUGGUUGAUCUGCAAGAUGACGAGGACUGGGUGAAUGCUGAUGAAAUGGAAGAAGAAGAUUUUGACAGCAAUGCAGUUGCUGCUGAGAGUGCCCUAGACAGACUGGCCUGUGGGCUUGGUGGGAAAGUGGUUUUACCAAUGACCAAGGAGCACAUCAUGCAGCUGCUCCAGAGCCCUGACUGGAAAUGUCGGCAUGCUGGAUUAAUGGCCUUAUCUGCCAUCGGAGAAGGAUGCCAUCAACAAAUGGAAGCAACUCUAGAUGAAAUGGUUAAUUCUGUUUUGCAAUUUCUUCAGGAUCCUCAUCCCAGGGUGAGGGCUGCAGCCUGUACUACACUUGGACAGAUGGCCACGGAUUUUGCACCUAAUUUCCAAAAGAAAUUCCAUGAAACAGUGAUUGCAGCUCUGCUGCGCACCAUGGAAAAUCAAGGUAAUCAGCGCGUGCAAUCGCAUGCAGCUUCAGCUCUGAUUAUUUUCAUCGAAGACUGCCCCAAACCAUUGCUAGCGAUCUAUGUAGAUGGCAUGGUGAAAAAUUUACAUUCCAUCUUGGUGAUUAAACUGCAAGAGUUGAUUCGGAAUGGAACAAAGUUGGCCUUGGAACAGCUUGUAACAACAAUUGCCUCAGUUGCAGAUACAAUCGAAGAAGAAUUUGUCCCAUACUAUGAUAUAUUUAUACCCUCUCUAAAGCACAUUGUUGAGCUUGCUGUGCAAAAGGAACUCAAGCUUCUGAGAGGAAAAACUAUUGAAUGCAUCAGUCAUGUUGGUCUUGCUGUUGGGAAGGAAAAAUUUAUGCAAGAUGCAACAAAUGUGAUGCAGCUGUUGUUGAAGACACAAUCAGAUUUAAAUACCACGGAAGAUGAUGACCCUCAGGUCUCUUACAUGGUUUCAGCAUGGGCUAGAAUGUGUAAAAUUCUUGGGAAAGAUUUCCAGCAGUACCUCCCAUUGGUUAUCGAGCCUCUCAUUAAGACUGCUUCAGCCAAACCCGAUGUCACUCUCUUGGACACACAGGACGUGGAGAAUAUGAGCGAUGACGAUGGCUGGCAGUUUGUCAAUCUUGGAGACCAGCAAAGUUUUGGAAUUAAGACAUCAGGGCUUGAAGCAAAAGCAACUGCUUGCCAGAUGUUGGUGUACUAUGCUAAGGAGUUGAGGGAAGGAUUUGCGGAAUAUACAGAACAAGUUGUGAAGCUGAUGGUGCCCUUACUGAAAUUUUACUUCCAUGACAAUGUUCGAGUGGCGGCUGCAGAGUCCAUGCCUUUUCUGCUAGAAUGUGCAAAACUGAGUGGACCAGAGUAUCUUGCACAGAUGUGGCAAUUCAUCUGUGAUCCCUUAAUCAAGGCUAUUGGGACGGAACCUGAUGCAGAUGUCCUCUCAGAAAUAAUGAAUUCUUUUGCAAAGUCUAUUGAAGUCGUGGGAGAUGGGUGCCUCAGCGAUGAACACCUGGAAGAACUGGGAGGAAUAUUGAAAGCCAAGCUUGAAGGCCACUUUAAAAACCAAGAAUUGCGACAGGUCAAAAGGCAGGAAGAGAACUAUGACCAGCAGAUUGAAAUGUCUCUGCAAGACGAGGACGAAUGUGAUGUUUAUAUCCUAACCAAAGUAUCCGAUAUUUUGCACUCAUUAUUCAGUACCUACAGGGAAAAGAUUUUACCAUGGUUUGAACAGCUACUCCCAUUAAUCGUAAAUCUAAUUUGUUCAAGCAGGCCGUGGCCUGAUAGACAGUGGGGCCUGUGCAUAUUUGACGAUAUCAUAGAGCACUGCAGUCCAACCUCGUUCAAAUACGUCGAAUAUUUCCGGUGGCCAAUGCUACUAAAUAUGCGUGAUAACAACCCUGAAGUCAGGCAAGCUGCCGCGUAUGGCCUGGGCGUUAUGGCCCAGUUUGGUGGCGAUGAUUAUCGCUCUUUGUGUUCAGAAGCCGUGCCACUGCUGGUAAAAGUCAUUAAGUGCGCAAAUUCUAAAACCAAAAAAAAUGUCAUUGCAACAGAGAACUGUAUCUCAGCAAUAGGGAAGAUUUUGAGGUUUAAGCCUAACUGUAUAAAUGUAGACGAAGUUCUUCCGCACUGGUUAUCAUGGCUUCCGCUGCAUGAGGAUAAAGAGGAAGCCCUACAGACUUUGAGUUUUCUCUGUGACUUGAUUGAGAACAACCACCCAGUUGUGCUUGGCCCAAAUAAUUCCAAUCUUCCCAAAAUAAUCAGUAUAAUUGCCGAAGGAAAAAUUAACGCGACUGUUAACUAUGAAGAUCCUUGUGCCAAACGCCUAGCUAAUGUCGUCCGCCAGGCACAAACUGAUGAAGAGAUGUGGUUGGCAUGUGUAUCCCAACUUGAUGAGGAACAGCAGGCAGCCCUACAGGAGUUGCUAAAUUUUGCUUGAAGCACUUUAAUGUCACUUGACUAUCACUAUAAAAGUAACUUCAUAUAAAUGUUAGGGGUGGGGUCCAUGAUAAUUGAGAGAACUAUUUUCUCCCUGCUUUAACAGUUCAUGCUUCGUCCCCACACUUUCCCAGGACAGUCAAUGUUACAGCCGUUUGUUCAUCUUGCAUGUUUCAUCUCUUAAACAUUAGACCUUUGGUGACAACCUGUACUUCCACUGUCUUAGAUUAAUCCCCUAUCCCCUAGUUGAUAGGGAGUGUAUCCAUUUUUUGCUGUUUGAACUAGUGAUCCUGGGCAAACAAUAUAUUCAGUGUCACGGUGGCAUGCUGAAUGUUACAAGCUGCUGAGGACUCAAAGAUAAGGUAGGGGCAUGUCAGGACAACCAUCAGAAUUCUAGACAAAGAAGACUGUAGUGGCAGGUUUAUUCCUACCUGCUAACACUCCUGGCUGUCAUGAAAAUGGGAGGAUGCUGUUUGGUGAAAUGUUGCAGUGGGUGUGGGGAGUUCAUAACAUAGACUUAGAAACUGGGUGGGACAGGCCCAUAUUUUAGUCGUCAAGGUGUUAAUAACUUAAAAAUCUUAACUUGACGGUUCUCUACUUUCAUAAUUAUCCAGGAUAAUAAGAACCAUGGUUACAGAAAAGGGAAUCCAAUACAUCUAGCAUUGGUAGCAUGGAAAGUACUGAAACACAGGGUUUGACAAAUAAUACGUAAUCAGUAUGUGUGGAAGGAGUCAAGUGUUACAUGUAUGAACAGAGUAUUGUUUUGUGUAUAUGUGCUGUUUCCCACCCUGCAAAGCAGCUCAAGAAGAGAUGCCCUGGUUUGGAUGGGGUUAAAAUGUAUUACUAUUUUGAAGACUACUUAAAUAAUGUCUUUAGUAACACUGAAUUAUAUCAUGAAAGUGAAAAGAAAGGUAAUUUUAGCCCUCAACAUGGGGAAGAAAACAGUUGUGAGGGCCAUUUAGCUGUAGAUGUGCAUUAUAAAGAGAAACCUGUCCUCAAUUCUAUAAAGCUAGGGUUAAUUAUAUUCAUUGGAAUGUUGGUCUUUGAUGGUGAGCUUUUUGAAGGGUAGAAAAAAAGCUAUUUGGUAAAUCAUUGAUCCCAAAAUUAAAGAGCAAAUACUUCUAUCGUGAUUUCCUAGGGCUGUUUUAUAUGUAAAGUAUGUUGCAAAUAUUUGACCUACUAAAUGUUCAAUAAAUGGUAGCCGUUA